GAGUAUGAAGGAAAAGUGAUGAUGAUGGUGAUGGUGAUGGUGAUGAGAAAGGCUGGAGUAGAGCUGUGUAUUGUAGUGGGGGAGAACCUAACUGAACAGAGAGGAGAGAGAGGGAGAGGAGGGCCUAUAGCUUUAUUGUUCAUGCUGCCCUGGAACAAAGGGCUUAUAACGGGCUUCGUCCUCAACCUCAUAGCCAGCAGGCGUUUGGAAAUGGAAACAAGACAUCGCGUUUAAACCAACACAGAGGACUGUUUAUUCUUUAAUCUUAUUUUGAACGUGUUACCGAUGCUGUUAGGGUUAUAGAUCACACUGUUUGUACCGGGGAGGUUUCGUUUUGUUUCUCUGUAGCCACCGGACUCAACCCGGGCUACGGAACUGAGCCUCUCCGACCGCUCGCUGCAUCUUGUAAACAUUCAUUUCUGAAAAGAAAUUCUUUGCAGGCUGUUCCUCAAAAUCAUUCAAGCUGUACUCCCCAAAGGAACCCCCCAACGGCAGUGCUUUCCCCCCCUUCCACCCCGGCACCAUGCUGGACAGAGACGUGGGCCCAACGCCCUUGUACCCACCGACAUACCUAGAACCAGGAAUAGGGAGGCACACGCCAUAUGGGAACCAGACAGACUACAGGAUAUUUGAGCUUAACAAACGGCUACAGAACUGGACAGAGGACUGUGAUAAUCUCUGGUGGGACGCUUUCACUACAGAGUUUUUCGAGGAUGAUGCCAUGCUGACAAUCACUUUCUGUCUAGAGGAUGGCCCUAAACGAUACACGAUCGGCCGGACGUUGAUCCCACGCUACUUUCGCAGUAUAUUUGAGGGAGGCGCCACUGAGCUCUACUAUGUACUAAAGCACCCUAAAGAGUCCUUCCACAAUAACUUUGUGUCUCUGGACUGUGACCAGUGUACGAUGGUCACUCAGAAUGGCAAACCCAUGUUCACACAGGUUUGUGUGGAGGGUCGUUUGUACCUGGAGUUCAUGUUUGACGACAUGAUGAGGAUAAAGACAUGGCACUUCAGCAUAAGACAGCACAGAGAGCUCAUCCCUCGAAGCAUCCUGGCUAUGCACGCUCAGGACCCGCAGAUGGUGGACCAGCUGUCGAAGAACAUCACUAGAUGCGGCCUCUCCAACUCCACUCUGAACUACCUCCGAUUGUGUGUGAUUCUGGAGCCGAUGCAGGAGCUCAUGUCAAGACACAAGACGUACAGUCUGAGUCCAAGGGACUGUCUCAAGACUUGCUUGUUCCAGAAAUGGCAGAGGAUGGUAGCUCCACCUGCGGAGCCAGCACGCCCAGCGCCAGGCAAGCGACGGAAGCGCAAGAUCUCAGGCGGCAGUACCAUGAGCGCAGGGGGAGGCACCAACACCACCACCAACAGCAAGAAGAAAAGUCCUGCCAGCAGCUUCCCACUAUCCAGCCAAGUACCUGAUGUGAUGGUGGUGGGUGAGCCCACUCUGAUGGGAGGGGAGUUCGGUGACGAAGAUGAGCGUCUGAUUACUCGGCUAGAGAACACGCAAUUCGAUGCUGCCAAUGGCAUUGACGACGAGGACAGCUUUAACAACUCCCCAGCUCUGGGCUCCAACAGUCCCUGGAACAACAAAGCUCCAUCCAGCCAGGAGAGCAAGAGUGAUAACCCCACCUCUCAAGCCUCUCAGUGAGACUCAGGCCCAGAGGGAAGGGGGGCGGGAGGGGAAGAGAAGAGAGAGGAGGUCACAGAGGAAGUAAGGCACAUGGCCGACUCACUCAUCUACAUGCAGAUCUACGUUCACUAACUGACGGUCACCCAUUUCUCUCUGUCUCAGCGAGCUGGAAAGAGCGAGACCGAAGGUCAGGACUGAGAGCCAGGUCUAAGAACAAGUGUAAAAUGAAUGUAUUGGGUUUUAAUACCACCGUGACCAUAAAACUGCUGGUGUUUUAUUGUGUGAAUGCUCCUUUGAGGAGGGUGUAGAUAGUUCAAGUGUUUAAGUUAAGAAGUUGGUUAAGAAGUUUUGUCCUCAGAGGAGAAGAUCAACGUGUAAAACGCCAGCAGAGUGCAAACACAAACAGAUACACACUCUCGAUGGCCAUGCUGUAAGGUCUGUUUGCUCUGAAACCCAGCCCGUUCCUCUCUGAAGCAGGCGUACAUGAUUGCAGAAUGUUCCCUGUCAUUAGUGAAAGAUUUGGACUAAUGCCAUACAACACAUGAAACCCAGUACACUACGCCAUGCUGUAGAACAGCCCAGAGUCGUCAUUGUUUGAAAUGGGUGAGCUGGUAAGCGUUUAAAUGACACGUUUUGAAAAAUUUUAUCCGCAUUUUAUACCAGCCUCUAUUUCCCUAGAAUGUUUUUAUUUUCUUUUUUUUUUUACCGACGUUGAAAGCUACAGACCAAGGAGUAAUGAGGACUUGUUAGGUCCUUCAAAUCUCAACCCUCAAAUUAUAUUGGUUUGUAUUAUUUUUAAAAAAAAGAGAGUAAUUAAUUGUGGGCUUUUAUUUCAUUUUGUGUAUUUGUGCUUGUAUAUUUAAGGUAGUAGCAAAGUUCUGUAUAACUGUAUGGAAAUGUAUCUUCCUUAGCAUCGCCUAAAGCCAUUUUGACCUAAUGUGUACAAAAAAAGUGGACAAAACCUCAUGAACCUGUCUUUCCUGUUUCCUCUGAUUUUCUAAAUUUGUGUUACGUUGGCUCGAUUGAAGGGCACCAUCACCAGGCUAUAUGUCUCAUUGUUGUUUUCAUACUUGGUCAGGUGGACGCAGUACUUAAAGGCCAACCAAAGCAGUAAUCUCAUCGCCCCACUGUGUUAAUUUUUAAAUUGGAUUCUAAGACUCGAUACAGUUUCAUCGAUAUAUAUUCAAAUUGUAAGAGAUUUGCCAGCCCUGCACUUGUAAUUGAAACUAAAUGGUGAUCUGUCCCUCUUCUAAUCCUGUAGACAUCCCUCUCUUUGAUAUAUAUAUUAUAUAUAUUUUUUUGUUUUCUUAGUUUUUGCCCUUGAUUAAAUUAAUGUAUGUACCAAUAAAAUAUGAAUUUUCAUUUUAAA